AUGUCAUUGGGUGUCCUCGAUGAUGGUUCGUUCUGGUUCAAGUGCCCAACACAUGACACCAAUCUUCUACAACCAAACUUUGCUGGAUCGUGGUCAGAGAAUGCAGAUUGGUGUGAGGAUAUGCUUCCUGUCGAGUAUCUCAAGCAAAAAACUGACACUGACAUCAUCAAGCAACUGAAGGAGGUGUUUGAGAACACCAGGGGAUCCAUCAAGAAAGGGAGCAAGGGGCAAGACAUGCAGGAGGUGAGGAACCAUAAGCAACGGCAGACUGCUCGGAAGAAUCAUACAGAAAUGCAUGGACCCGAGUGGGACUGGUUCUUCCAAGUUGGCUAUCAAUCGACUGAUGAAUCCGAUGGUGGUGGGACUCAAAGCAGUAAACCUAUGGUCAAAUUUGCAUCAGACAGUGAGGUUAAUGAGAAGGUUGUCCUGCUAAACGACACUGUUAUGAAAUCUUGCGACCCUGAGAGUUGUGGAGAUGAAGAUACAUUGUAUGAUGGGGGAGACGAAGAAGAUGAGGAAGAACAGGGUUACCCACCUGAAGGGACAAAUGAUACCGGGUUUGAGGGUAAAGUUUCAUCUCCUUUGAAGAUCUGA